ACAAAAAAAAUUGCGAGGAAAAACUUCGUCGUCGAAAUUCUUUGUUUUAGCAAACUUUUAGUAAAAGGACCACAAUUAUGGGAAACAAGCAAGUGAAACAGCAUUUUGAGACGGCCAAGAAAACGGGAGUGCUCAAGAUUUCGCUCCUUCGAUUGGAUGAAUUUCCCUCCGCGCUGAAAACGUUCCCGAACGUGCUGAAAACGCUGGACAUCUCGGAAAAUCGCUUCACCGUCCUGCCGGAAGAUGUGGCACGGUUCACGAUCCUCAAGCACCUCAACGCCAGCGGUAACAAAAUCGCGAUAAUGCCCGAGUGCAUCGGAGUGCUGGUUAAACUCGAGACACUCAACAUGAUGAACAACCUGCUGACGACCGUUCCGAGGAGUUUGGCGAGCUGCGUACACCUGAAGCAGGUCAUCCUGAGCAACAACCAGAUCAGCAGCUUCCCCAUCAUGCUCUGUGAAAUGAAGCACCUCGAUCUGCUGGACCUGUCCAGGAACAAAAUCACCGAAGUCCCGCCGGAAGUGCGGUCGCUUCAGGUGACGGAGCUGAACCUGAACCAAAACCAAAUCACGGUGCUCGCGGAGGAAAUCGCCGACUGUGUCAAGUUGCGGACGUUGCGACUGGAGGAGAACUGCCUGCAGAUCUCGGCUAUUCAUCCCCGGAUUCUGAUUGAAUCGAAGGUGUGCAAUCUUUGCGUGGAAGGCAAUCUGUUCAACUCGAAGCAGUUCAAUGAGCUGCAAGGAUACGACGCUUACAUGGAGCGAUACACGGCGGUGCGCAAAAAGAUUUCCUAAACUGCCUUUCCCAGCGAAUGAAGGAUUUAUAAUCAAGGAUUGUAUUAUAUGCAGUGUCGAGCACGAGAAAUCCACGAUCCUCCCUGUAUCCUCCUCACGAGCACGUUCCGUUUGUUACAGGUUUUAAAUUAAUUCUUAUCACAUGUUGCUUCAAAGACGUUUGCUAGUAAAAUAAACGUAUUAAA